CGAAUCGAACUGAAUCGCAUCGAAGUCAACAUGAAGUUCGCUCUGCUCGCCAUCCUGGUGGUGAUUUCUGGCCUGGCCCAGGCCACCGACUACUGUUCGUGGGACAUCUGCAGCGGGGGCUCCCACAUCGCCUGCGGGCACAGCAACUGGUGGGACGGCAAUUGUCCCGGAGAUGCCGAGCUGAUCGACAUCAACGACGACUACAAGUGGGUCUUCGUCCACUCGCACAACGACAAGAGGAAUUACAUCGCCGGCGGCUACGAUCCGAGCCACAAUGCCGCCUGCAAGAUGGCCACCAUGGAGUGGGACGACGAGCUGGCCUACCUGGCCUCCCUGAACGUCCGCCAGUGCAACAUGGUGCACGACAGCUGCCACAACACCGACGCCUUCAAGUACUCCGGCCAGAACCUGGCCUGGCAGGCCUACUCCGGCGACCUCCCCGACAUGGGCUACAUCCUGGACAACAGCGUCCAGAUGUGGUUCGACGAGGUGCACAACUCCAACGCCGGCAUCAUCUCCGGCGGAUACCCAUCCGGCUACAACGGCCCUGCCAUCGGCCACUUCACCGUGAUGAUGUCGGAGAAGAACACUCGCGUGGGAUGCGCCGCCGCCCGCUACAAUCGCGAUGGAUGGAACCAGGUGCUCGUGGCAUGCAACUAUGCCACCACCAACAUGAUCGGACGCCAGAUCUACUCCAGCUGCGACUGGGCAGCUCAGGGAUGCGGAUCCGGCACCAACGGCGAGUUCGGCAACCUCUGCUCCCCCUCCGAGUGGUACGAUGUCAACAGCUGGUAAACCACCCACCUGGUAAUCGGCCCACCAAGUUCAAGGUCAUCUGAUUGGUGAGACCUGCCAAUCAAGUGUAUGAUUAAAGUUAUUCAAAUUUGAGAAAAUUGUUUCUAAAUUGUUUGGGGUUAGAGUUCAGCUUUAAGCCAAUUACGAUAAACGUGAUAGUAAAGACUAUCAAGUUUCCAAUAUGAAGAAAGAUCUUUUUGACCAAUCCAUAAAUAUUUUUGUAAAUAUGGUAUAUUAAAAAGUUUGUGAGAAAUAUAUAAUAUAAUAAUUAAACGAACAUUUGUUUUAGCUGUUUAAAUAGCAACAAAUAUUUGAACAAUUUUCGGUUACUGUUAAUUUAAUAAGAUUACCCCUCUAGUUUUAUGAUGAACUACUCUUUGAUGGUAUCAAAUAUUAUUUUAAUAUUAUUCACAAGUA